AUGGCCCCUGUUGAUCCUCACUACCUUUGGGCCUUUGGUCAUGGAAUAAUGCUUCUUUCUGCUGCAUACGUCCUUUUACAAACGGUAUUCUUCCGACCUACCCCAACCAAGACCUAUAAACUCGCUUAUACAGGCGCUUUGCUCUCAUAUUCGAUCGUAGUCUACAAAUCUCUAGGUAGACCGCAAGUGAAUCAAGCUUGGUUAAGAAGAGCUCUGGUAGAUGAGAACGUCCAAUACGCUAUUUUGGCUUUGUAUUGGUGGGUCGCUAAACCUGUUAAUGUAUCAAUUCUCCCAUUCGCUACAUUCUCCUUAUUCCAUUGUUUGACUUUCCUCCGAACCAACAUUAUCCCAAAAUUCGUUCCUGCUCAACCUCCUGCAGCUCAAGGUGCCGCCCCUAGACAACCUGCUCUACUCGAAAACAUCUCAAGAAAAAUCCAACUUUGGGUUAAAUCCAAUUACGAUGUAGCCAUGAGAUUCGUAGCUUAUUGCGAAUUGUUAAUUUGCGUUCGAUUGAUUUUGGGUGUUUUGACAUUCAGAUCAUCUUUCAUCGCUCCUUUAUUCAUGGUUCAUUUCGUUCGAUUACGAUAUCACGCAUCGCCUUUCACUCGAUCGGCAGUAGGUAACGUUGUGAUCUACAUCAACAAUUUCGUGUCAUCAAAACCUGCCGCAGUCCAAAAUGUCUGGUCAACAAUCAAGAGGGUCAUCAGCUCUUGGGGUGGUGUACCGCUUUUCGGUCCAGGUACACAAGGUCAAGGUGCUACUCAACCUCAACAAGCUGCUGGACCUGGUGCUGCCGGUCAAACUGCCGCUGGAUCCGGUGCUGGUAGAAGAUAA